AUGGGGAAGAAAGGGUAUAACAAUCAUAUUGCUGCAGCGUACAAUUCCUUUUUAUUUGAUGCGAAGUUAGAAGAAAUGUGUUUUAUGGGCUACCGUUUUACUUGGUCUAAUAAUCAGCAAGGGAGGUAUAGGGUAAUGAAGCGCAUUGACAAAGCGAUGAUUACUCCAGAAUGGAAGGCACUUUUUCCUCAGAGUAUGUUGUUCCAUGAGAAACUGGGAGCUUCUGAUCACAGACCAAUUCUUCUGGUUUUUAAUUCAUCGAUUAGGAAGGCCCAGUGUUCUUUUCAAUUUGAUCUUCGAUGGCCAACAUCUAGUGAAUGUGAGAAUAUUAUCAAAGAAGUUUGGAGAACUCAUACUCAAGAUAAUAUCAGUGAGAAGCUUAAUUCCUACAAGACUGUUCUAUUGAAUUGGAGUAAGCACCAUUUUGGUAACUCGAAGAAAAGAAUAGGGGAUCUCUCUAGACAGCUGGACCACUUGUUAUCUUCCCCUUUGUCUACUGCUAACUCGGAGGAGAUCUCUAACUUAAAAAACCGGAUCAAAUCCUUGUGGCAAAUGGAGGAACUGUACUGGUUUCAAAAAUCUAGAGUCAACUGGUUGUUAUAUGGGGACAAGGAUACUCAUUUUUUUCACUCUUCAACCAUCUCUAGGCGGCAAAGAAAUCAAAUUUGUAAAAUCAAGACUAGGCAGGGGGAAUGGAUUCAAAAUGGUGAUUCUAUUAUACAGGAAGCUUAUUCUUUUUUUCAGUCUUUGUAUGAAGCUAACCCGAUUUCUCCUUCUGAUGAUAUUCUCCAACAAAUUCCUAAAGUAGUAUCUGCAGAGAUGAAUUUGGAGUUAUGCCGCCCUGUUUCAGAGGAAGAGGUAAAAUCUGUGGUGUUUAGUUUGGAGGCUUAUAAGGCCCCUGGACCAGAUGGUUUUCAAGGAGUUUUUUAUCAGAAAUAUUGGGAGGUUAUUAAGGAAGAUGCUGUGAACAUGGUGGAGGUUUUUUUGCGCGAUGGUGUUCUUCCUCCAGCAAAUGACAUUCUUAUUGCCUUAAUUCCAAAAAAUAACUGCCCUCAGUAUUUUGCAGAAUAUCGGCCUAUUAGCUUGUGCAAUUUCAAUUAUAAAGUGAUUUCGAAGCUCCUGGCAAAUCAUUUGAGGCCUUGCUUAGACAGAAUUGUGUCUCCUGUCCAAUCUACUUUUGUGCCGAAUAGAUGUAUUCAAGACAAUGUGGUGAUAGCACAUGAAACUUUCCAUGGUUUAAAGAAUAGAAGAAGGGCUUGGGGCAAAUCCAAAUCACAAGUUCUAAGCUUUCUUAAUGAUCGUGUCAUCCAGAAGCUGCAGGGCUGGAAAUGUCGUUAUCUCUCACAAGCUGGGAAGGAGAUUCUUAUAAAGGUGGUGAUUCAAUCAGUUCCUUCCUAUGUAAUGUCAUCUGUCAAGUUGCCCACAGGUAUUAUUGGAGAUUUGGAGAAAUUGGCGGCUAAAUUUUGGUGGAGGAAAUCAUUUGAUUCUGUCAAUAUCCAUUGGUUGAGCUGGAAAAGACUCUCUUGUAGUAAGAGUUUAGGUGGAUUGGGUUUCAAGGAGCUGAAUUUGUUUAAUGUAGCGUUGCUAGCCAAACAAGCAUGGGCUGGUAAAAGGAAAAAUCCCUCGUGGGGUUGGAAGAGCUUACUAGAAGGCGGAGAAGCUUUAUCUAAGGAGCUUCGAUGGAAUGUUGUUGGUCCUUCUUUUCUUGACGCGUGGAAUGAGCCAUUGAUUCCUUCUUUGCCAUCUUUUAAAAAUACAAAGUUUGAAUCUAUUGAGCACUUUUUCUUCUUUUGUAACCAUGCCAUAGCUGUGUGGUUUGGCUCGCGGCUUGGUUUCAUUCCUCGGCAGGAAGGUUUUGGGUCUUUCCUUCAACGGUGGCAAUCGUCAGUUUCCUUUUCUCAAGCUAAUGAUAUUCACCAAAACCAUGUUUCGGAGUAUGUCUCAUCUGUGUGGCUUGCUCCUGUUUCUAGGUUGCUUAAAAUUAAUGUCGAUGCGUCUUUUGAUCCGGCUUCCUCUUUAGCUGGGUGUGGUAUUGUAGUUCGUGAUUCUGAAGGAACCUUGAUUGAUGGGAGUGCUGUUUCUUGUUAUUCUUGGUCUCCUCUUGCUGCCGAAGGUUUUGAACUUAGGGAGGCAUUGCGCUUUGCAUCCAGCAGAGGUUUUCUUGAUGCCUCUAUUGAAACAGAUUCUUUAAAGCUUUCUUAG